GUAUAUACUAUGUUUAAAAAGAGGAGGACUGUGAGAAGGAUAAAUCCUGAGAUCUGCUCACCAGCCUUAAGGAGGAAGCGUCUGGAGUAACACCAAGUGAUGUGGAAAACACACAGGGAGAUCAGAAAACCCUCAUCCAGGCACAAACUCGGCACACAGGUUGACAAUGGUAGCCGGGAUCCGCGGUCUGCUCCUUCUGCUGCUGUAUCAGGUCCUACUGAGUGGCUGCACUGGUCUUAUUCCAGAGGUGGGAAGAAGGAAGUACACAGAGUCUGGGUGGGCAUCUCCGCAGCAGUCACUGGGCAUCCUCAACCAGUUCGAGCUCCGUUUGCUCAAUAUGUUUGGCUUGAAGAGGCGUCCAACCCCUGGCAAGAACAUUGUGAUCCCCCAAUAUAUGCUGGAAUUGUACCAUAUGCAUGCAGGCCAUCUGGCCGAGGGCCAAGAUAAGCCCCCUAUGGAUUAUCAGAGUGAGCGUGUUGCCAGCCAAGCAAACACAGUCAGGAGCUUUCACCACGAAGAAUCCAUGGAGGAGCUCCCUGAAUCCAUUGAAAGGACCGUACAACGAUUCUUCUUUAAUCUGACUUCCAUUCCCAGUGAAGAAAUGAUCACCUCGGCUGAACUUCGGAUAUUUCGAGAGCAGAUUCAAGAGCCAUUUGAGAGUGAUCUUAGCAAGCUACAUCGUAUUAACAUUUAUGAUAUUGUAAAGCCAGCAGCCUCUGCAUCAAGGGGCCCCUUGACAAGACUAUUGGAUACUAGAUUAAUACAUCAUAACGUAAGCAUAUGGGAAAGCUUUGAUGUCACGCCAGCUGUUAUAAGAUGGAUUGCACAUAGACAGCCUAAUCAUGGAUUUGUUGUAGAAGUAACUCCUUUGGACAAUGACAAAAAUGUUCCCAAGAAGCAUGUGCGGAUUAGCAGGUCAUUAGUUCAAGACAAAGACAAUUGGUCUCAAAUAAGACCACUUCUGGUAACUUUUGGCCAUGAUGGCAAAGGACAUCCUCUUCACAAGAGAGAGAAGCGACAAGCAAGGCACAGGCAGCGGAAACGCCUCAAAUCGAGCUGCCGAAGACAUCCGUUAUAUGUGGACUUCAGUGACGUUGGCUGGAAUGACUGGAUUGUUGCCCCACCUGGGUACCAUGCUUUUUACUGCCAUGGCGAAUGCCCCUUUCCUCUAGCAGAUCAUUUAAACUCUACAAAUCAUGCAAUUGUACAAACUUUGGUCAAUUCGGUUAAUUCAAAUAUCCCUAAAGCUUGCUGCGUCCCCACGGAACUAAGUGCCAUCUCAAUGCUCUACCUUGAUGAGAAUGAGAAAGUUGUCCUAAAAAAUUACCAAGAUAUGGUUGUGGAAGGGUGCGGUUGCCGUUAAUAUAAACUUAAAGACAAACUCAAAAAGAUUAAAGAAAAAGCAGACACUUUAAUAAUUCCCAAAUGGAGACUUUAUUUAUGCAGUGGAAAUGCUAAAAAAAAAAAAAAUUAAAAAAAAAAGUUAUUUUGAAAAUUAUAUUUAUGUUGAAAAAAAAGUUUGGGAGCAAAUAUUUUAAUCAGAUAAAUAUUUGUUUUAGUUGUACAUUUUAUAUGGGUUUAUAUACCCAGCACAUGAAGUAUAAUAGUCAGAUUCUUAUUUUGUAUUUAUUUACAGUAUAACCACUUUUUUAGGAAAAAAAAAUAGUUUUUUGUAUUUAUAUGUAAUCAAAAGAAAAUAUAGGGUUUGUAAAUACUGUAAGUUUCUUAAAGCAUAUUUUGUGUAUUUAUGUUGAGAAAAAUAUAAGUGGAAGGUAAAAAUUGCAAUGUAUUUUCUACAAGGCUACUGUUGCGUGCAUUAGUUUUAAUCCGCCAGAAAUUAGGUCACUUAUCCUGUUAAUUCUAAAGCAUAUUGUAUUGUGCAAUUUUCCAACAUUCUGCAGUGUGUGCUGUUCAAUCUUUUACAUUUACAACCUUCUUACAUUUUGUAUUGAGCUACAUAUAAGUAUUUGCUGAAUUUUUUUUUUUUUUUUUUUUUUAAGUAUAUAUAUAUAUUUUUUAAUACAAAUACUGCCAUUCUCAUUCAUAUUUGCUACAGCAAGUGCAUUCUUGGCCAGUAGAAUAAGAAGGAAUAAAAAUAAUAGUAUUGCCGUAUGCAAAUAUUUGCAUGUUGGAAAGGAAAUUGGAAAAUCACAUAAUAAAAAGAUGCCAUCAACAUUGGAAAAGAAUCAUUAUUUAAAAAAAAAAAAAAAUUAAGAUUUUUAAAAUAUUUAUUUUAUUUAAGUAAUUGUUAUGCCAUUAUAGUUAACAUGGCUUAACCUAUGUUUCUUUUUUGUGUUUAAGUGCUUUAACAUUAUUUUUCUUCUUUUCUCUGCUGUGUCUGCCUUUUUUCCAUCUAGCUUUUCCAUCUGCCUUUUUCAGACAUCACUCGCCUUGUUUUGUUGUAAAUGCUAAGUAGAGCAGACUUGGAUGUUGUACUGGGUGGCAGGGAGGGGCACGUUGCUGGAAUGUCUAAUCAGAUUUGAUCAAUAAAAGGUAACGCUCUGAAUUCCAGUUAUUGAAAAUAA